ACAACUGUUUACUUAAUAAUGGCUUUCAGUUGUUGAUGGUCUUGCUAAGCUAAACUGACUUAAGUGGAUUGAAAUAUUUACAGUCUCCCAAAAGACUGCAGUGUAAAACUAAUGGAUACCUGUUUUGUUUCUGUGUCCGGUACAGACAUAGUGCAGUGAUAACAGACUAGAUGUAAAUAGCGUGCUUUAUAGUUGAAUCUCACUUUUAAAAAGGAGGAAGUGUUGGGACAAGAGUUCACUUUCUGUGGAAUUUUAAUUGCUUUUUAAUGAAUGGUGCUUAAGAUAUGAGGACAUUACACCAGGAUGGAACACAUUUAUUAGCCUAUUGCACUACUUGCAGUCCUUGGCUUAAAUGUGGUUGUGCUUCCUUCUGAGGUAUUGGUGGAGUUUGUUUUCUCCAGCCUUAAAUCUGAAGAUCUGGUUCCCUCCAUCUGCAGUCCUUCUUUAAGACAGAGAACUUCACAACAGUCAAUUUUUAGGACCUUCUGAGCAAUACUGGAUGACUUCAGCAGUUUCAUUUUAUUUGUGAGGUUCUGGGCUUUCCAUUUUAAAUUCUCGGCUAUAAGGAAAUGUGAACAAUGUGAUCUCAGGUAGAUCCAUAGUCUACUGUGGCUAAACUAUUUCUGCUACCCAAGUUAAUUAUUUUAAGCCAAUGCUGUUAUUUUUUCGCUAUAUUGCAGUCUGCUGAAGACCGUGAGUACAGUUGUGUUUUUUUUUUUUUAACCUCCUGGAACCGAGUGUCCCUUGUUUUGUAAAUAAGUCAUGAGCAGUCUGUUUUUGAGGAAGGCUGUACUGACUUUUCAAGCUUGCACGACUCCUCCCUCUAAACCAAACUUCACUCUUGCUUCUCUAAACUCCUGUGUAUGUUUCUAAAUACUAUUUGCUGCCCUGUGGAAACAGUAUGGCCUUCUGCUAAAUAAGCAGUUAUUUUGCAAACGACUCGAGUGGAUUACCUGUCCAAAAACCCAUGGCCUAAAUCUCAGCUUAUUUCAGUUUGUAAAAUUGUGUAGUACCCAUUCUGCAUUCUCUCUGCUUCUACAGCGUACAUGCAUGUUUUUUCCAGAUGUUGGAGGGAAGCUACACAACCAGCUGUCUGCUGAAAAAACUAUCAAAGUAUCAACGCAGAAUGCCUGUAGCUGACUGCACGAAGGUGUUGUUGUAAUGCCUCUCAGGGCCUUCUCUCCAAAGGGUUUGGGGUUACCCUGCACUGUGGGGCCUUUUGGGGGGAGGGCAGAGGGAGGUGUUAGUGCAGGCAGCUCCUGCUGGAUGUUCCCGAUGCUCUUGCAGAAUGUUCGCGCACACCUUAAAUACAUGCAGCCCCUGAGAUCACAAAUGAUACGCAGCUUCACCUACACAGAAGCUUUACAUGAAUUUUGAAUUCAGUAAGCUCACUGGGCCCAUUUGUAGUAACCACUGAAAACAGUCUUAAAAUCAUUUUGUAGUUCCAUCAUCUGCUGCUUAAAAAUUUCGUGGGCUACCCGCCCCGUAAUUUGGGAGUGAAAGCACCUUUGGGAUUGUCAGUGCUUUUUGCAGUGAGAGCUGAAUGAUGCUUGAUUUCUCUUAGAGGAGACCGUGGAGCAUCUGGCAGGGGCAAGCGAAGCGUGUGGAUUGUGUGAGGGGUGAGGUCAGACUCUCCUGGUUUGACUGCAUCAGCGUUCCAGCGCAACAACUGCUGGAUGUAAACAGCUGCUGAGAUAUCUCAUUUUCCUGUUUCCCACAAAGGAAAAAACAGCAGCUGGGUUUGAAGUGCCCAAGAUGAUUUAAACGAGUUUCUGGUUAUUUCUGGAGAUAUCUUCAGUUUCAUCAACAGAAAGUGAGAAGGAAGGACGGACCCUAAACUACCCAUUUUAUUCAAAAAGUCAGUUUCUUACAUUUUAUGUUUUUGCCUCCAUCGUCCUGGCCUUAGAGAGGAAAAAUGUGUCUAUGCCCCAAGGUGGCAUAUUAGAAAUGCCAUCUGGCUGAGAAUUUUAGAGAUAGGAAGAUUGCUGGUAAUUCAGCAAGCCUGUGUUUGAAUCUUCCUCAUCUUGCUUUAUGGUCAUGUGAGGUGAAAAAAGGAUGAAUAUUUAAACAACAAUCUUCAGUCUUGCUUCAAAAUGUCCCUGUGUGCAUCUUCUCACAAGGACCUUUCUCAGUUGCUGCCACUUCAGGAUAUUGGAUGCAGUAAAACAGAAUUGAAAACCUCACCUGCUGGUAUCAUCUCUCCAGUUCCCUACAGCUGUAAUCAGUCCACGUUGACAGCAGAACACAGUCCAGUCUAUAUUCCCUCAUCUUACAUGGAAAACAGACAUGAAUAUUCUGCAAUGGCAUUCUGCAGUCCUGCUAUGAUGAAUUACAACAUUGCCAGCAGUUUCGGUGAUUCAGAGAGUGUGUCUGUGAGGCAAACAUCAAGCCCCAGUGCAUUAUGGUCUGGUCCUGGCCAUCUCUCCCCUCUGACAUUGCACUGUCAGUCAUCGCUUCUGUAUGCAGAGCAGCCAAAGAGUCCCUGGUGUGAGGCAAGCCUGAUGGAGCCAGUGCUACCUGUGACCAGAGAAACAUUAAAAAGAAAACCUAAUGGCAAUGACUGUACAAGCCCAAUUGCGAAUAAUCCUGGCUCAAAAAGGGAUGCCCACUUCUGUGCAGUCUGCAGUGACUAUGCUUCAGGAUACCACUAUGGAGUCUGGUCGUGUGAAGGAUGCAAAGCGUUCUUUAAAAGAAGUAUUCAAGGACAUAAUGAUUACAUCUGCCCAGCUACCAAUCAAUGCACAAUAGAUAAAAACAGGCGUAAAAGCUGCCAGGCAUGCCGGCUACGGAAAUGUUAUGAAGUGGGAAUGAUGAAAUGUGGCUCAAGAAGAGAACGCUGUGGAUAUCGGAUCCUGCGUAGCCAUCGUCAUUCGGAAGAUCAGGUGCAUUGCAUUGGCAAAGCUAAGAAAUACGAGACGGCAACCCGUGUAAAAGAGAUCCUGCUCAGCACAGUCAGUCCGGAGCAGUUUGUUUUAACACUACUUGAAGCGGAGCCUCCCAAUGUGUUGGUGAGUCGUCCCAGCAAACCAUUCACGGAGGCCUCCAUGAUGAUGUCCCUGACAAAACUGGCAGACAAAGAACUGGUUCACAUGAUCGGUUGGGCCAAAAAAAUUCCUGGUUUCAUUGAUCUCAGCCUCUAUGAUCAAGUAAGACUCUUGGAGAGCUGCUGGAUGGAAGUUUUAAUGGUUGGUUUGAUGUGGAGAUCAAUUGACCAUCCUGGGAAACUGAUUUUUGCGCCAGACCUUGUAUUAGAUAGGGAUGAGGGGAAAUGCGUAGAGGGAAUUUUGGAGAUCUUUGAUAUGCUCCUGGCCAUGACCUCAAGGUUCCGAGAGCUGAAACUGCAGCACAAAGAGUAUCUGUGCGUCAAGGCAAUGAUCCUCCUCAAUUCCAGCAUGUUUCCCUUGUCAGCGGAAGAACCUGAAAGCAACAGGAAACUGCAUCACCUGCUUAAUGUGGUCACAGAUGCUUUGGUGUGGGUCAUUGCAAAGAGUGGGAUCCCCUUGCAGCAGCAGACAACUCGUCUGGCCAAUUUGUUGAUGCUCCUCUCUCACGUCAGACACGCAAGCAACAAGGGAAUGGAGCAUCUCCUGAGCAUGAAGUGUAAAAAUGUGGUCCCAGUGUAUGACUUGCUGCUGGAGAUGUUGAAUGCGCACACCCUCCGAGGGCAAAGGAAGUCCCUGGUCACACAUCCUGAAUUUGGCCCGAUAGAACAAAUGGAGACUGGAGACAGGCUGCGAAACGGGGCAGCCCAGUAAUCCUGUUGAGACCUGGAAAUGUGAAGCUUGUUCAAAGCUCUGGGAGAAACCAAAACUAUUGGGAUGGGCUGCUGAAGCGUGACCUAGUGCGAGUCCUCAUCUCUUCUAGAUUUGCACAUCAGUAUCUCGGGAAAGGCUUGUGGGGCUCACACCUCUGUCCGUGUUUCUGAUGUAAUAGCUGCACUUUUAUAGUGCCUUUUCUGAGAGUCUUCAAAAGCACCUUAUGAAGUGAAGCUUCAGAACAGUACUGUGAGACAGGGAAUUACUGGCUGUCCUUGUCAGAGGCAGCUGAACUGAGGCAGAGAGAUAACAGGACUGGAUUGAGAUGACAGAAGUCUGGGUCAGGGCUGGGAGUGAGCACCUAGGUUGCUGUCUCCCAGACCAAGGCUUUUAAGCGCUGACUAGAUGAUCUCCUCUCUCACAUGAGAUUGUAUGAACUGUGGAGCAGCAUCAUUUGGGACAGAUCCGUUUACCUGUGUGUGCUGGUCCCUAGGGAAUACCUGCUUUGGCUGAUCUAGAGGAGGUGCCGAGGUAUGUGCAAUGUGAAGGAGUUUGUUCUGUUCUUAAAUAUGCAAUGGCUGCAAGGGCCUUCAUAGGAAGGCCGCUCAGAAUAGCUUCUACAGCCAGUUCGGAGCCUCUUCAGAGAUGUUAAACCAAGCUUAAGUUUGUGUUUCGUGAGCUUGUUCUUAACACUCACAUUAUUAUCUGGGUAUAGUUCUUCAGUGCUUUUAAACAAAGGCCAAACUGCCUGGAUAUUUCGGUCAACGCUGACCUUUGAAAUGUGUUUUGUCUGUGAGAUUAAUAUGCUGUUAUACGUAUUUAUGAGUGAUGUUAAAUCUAUUAUAAUAAUUGGGCACAAGAGGUUGCUCUGUGGAUAUUAACUGUUUGCAUUUGUAUAUGAUCUGCUGAUCAGGGCUUGUGAAAUCAGCCAGAAACAAACCACCUUCCCUCCCUUUUUGUCUUGCAUGUUCGCAUAGGCAGGAUCCCUUAAAGAGCAGGGGGGUGACGGUUCUGGCACUUGCUUUGCUUUGCAAGUGUGAUGGCUUGUUCAAAUUUCACAGACGAUGUGGGCUUCAACCCCCCUGCUGUGCUGAUUUCUGCAUGUGUUUAAGCUGCACUGAGCAAAAAAAAACAGAGGAAGUAGCCUGGCUGAUGACCUCCGCCAAGAGCAGGAUGGAAUAAUUCAUUCUGGCAACUACCAAUAUUGCAUUUUGAUGUGAGCUAGAAUGGCAAUCACUCUAAAUGGAUAUGCUGAAGUAUAAUGCAUGCAUGUUCUGGGCAUUUCAGGUACGGUGAGAUUAAAUUGGGAUUACACCAGAGGUCUAUUUUGAGCCAGUAAGUCUUUCGGAUUAGGGACUUUGCUUAGUAUGCCAUUUGCAUACUUUGAAUAUUAGUCAAAACUUUGAUCUUGGUGGUUUUUUUAAAGCCAAGAAUGGCAUUUUUUUAUAGGAGGCACGUAAGGAAUUUUCAGUGAGUUACGCAAAUCUUGUUUUGAUCUUGUACUAUACCAGAUGCGCCUGCUGGUCUAAAUUUUUACUAGCUACCUUUUUAUUGUUUUUAAGAAACUGUAAUAUAGUAGUGCCCUUCUAAAUAAGUGUAAUAUUUACUACACAAAAGGGAAAAAAAUGUGAGUACAGUCUGGAAUUCAUUGGUAUUUAAUUUUGUGGGAAGUUUUGCUGUGAAACAGAUGUGUUUCAGUGUUUCUUGGGCUUGAUCACGUUAUGGGCUCAGUGCCUAUUGUGUUGUGCUUUCCCCAAUUUUCCGUAUCCUGUGUAAUCUUUUUGUUUAAUACAGUUUUUCAAAGAAAUGUUUAAGUGAUUUUUUGUUUGUUUGUUUUGCUUUAGAAGUGCUGAAAUUAUGUGCAAUCUUGAAACAAACCUCUUUGAAAGAAAAUAGGAAAGAGUGGGUAUAAAUCGUAAAAUUAACUUUCAAAUGGGAAUUUGCUGUGGUUUGACUCUGUAAAAGAGUGAUGCUGCAGAUUUGUGCCACGUGUUGUGAUUCAUAUAUGCUGUUACUAGGGCAGUGCAAAUAGGCAAAUGAUGUGAUUUUAACAGA